GUUGGCAAUGUGGAGCCUACUCAAACGGAAAUGAUCAUAUGAUAUAGCUGCGUGAUAAGUCUAAUCUUGCGUCUUGGGAAUCGCGGGUUAAGAACCUCCACUAUAAGCGUAUCUGUGCAGCUUAUUGAAAAAAGGACCACCUAAGAGCCUUAUCAUUAAUCACAUCAGAUACCGACAUAGGGGAUAUUAGGAUUUUAAAGAGACUUAAUAACUGCUACGCCUCAUUUCAACCGGGAUCCUACUUCAGCGAGUUAUCGCAGGAACCUCUCGAAAUCUGGAGACAACUUUCAGCAUACAACGGUAGUUAGGCAGGUAUCCCAUGAGCUAUGAAUAGCACGACGCAACCUCCCCCCGCGCGGCCACCAGCAGCCGCAUAUUUCCCUGAAUGGUCAGUGGUGAUCUCCAGCAUGAUCUACGUCAUGAUCGCCAUACUUGCCGUGGUCGGCAACGCGCUCGUAGUAGGCUCGUUCAUACGUCACGCACGUCUCCGGACAUUCACGAACUACUUCGUGGCGUCGCUUGCCGUCGCCGAUAUUAUCGUCGGUCUGAUAUCUAUUCCGAUGUGGACCGCGUUCGUUAUUCUACACCCCUUAUCUCUUACAUAUCCUGGGUACGUAAUGACGUAUACGGUUCUUGACAUCUUUGCUGGUAUAACCUCAAUACUUCACUUGAUGGUGAUCAGCCUUGAACGCUUCUACGCGGUGGCCUACCCCGUUAGACACAGAAAUACCAACGCCUGGGUGUACUAUAUCUGUCUUGUGUUCGUGUGGGUUGUGCCUGCAGUGUUUGCUGGGACUUCGGAACAUUUUCGUAAAGCUGACAAGAAAGUUUACAUGAUCACGAUGUUCGCAGUGUUCUUCCUAUUGCCGCUUUUCGUUAUUCUGCUAGCAUACGCGGGAAUAUGGCGUGUCGUGAGGAAUCGCGUGAUACCACAGGCUACCCAGAGGUCUUCAAAUUUGAAGCGUGACAUGAGAGUUAUCGUGACGAUUGCGCUGGUGAUUGCGUUAUUCGUGAUUUCAUGGCUUCCCUUCUUUAUAAUCAAUAUGCUGAUAACUUUUUGUAAAAAUUGUGUUAUUGGGUUCAAGGGUCUACCUCCCCUAUAUAGUGCUCAUUUGCUGCUGUUUGUUAAAGUGAUGCACUAUUUCAAUAGUGCCGUUAACCCGGUUUGCUACGCCGUGAAAAUCCCUGAGUUUCGCCGAGCGUUCCGUCAACUUGUCGGAUUGUGCCUUUGUUGUAAUACGGCGACGCCGAAAAACAGCAACGCGAAUGAACUUUUCUCAGGCACAGCUGCUCCGCAGUCUAGCUAGUAUGUAACGUCAUACUGCGUCACGAUAGGAUUUAACGCCAUACUAGUUCACAUCAAAAUAACACGCCAUGCUUUUGUCACGCUACAAUGUAACGCCAUGCUAGAUCACGCAUCACGCUAGGAUGUGACGCCAUACUAAAUCAUAUCAAGUUAAUGCUUUGUCACGCUACGAUGUAACGCCAUGCUAGAUCACGCUCGGAUGUAACGCCAUGCUCUGUCUUACUUGUAUGUAACGCCAUGCUAAAUCACGCUAAGUUGUAAUACCAUGCAAGGUUGAACUAGGACGUAACGCCAUGCCUUGUCACGUUUUGAAGUAACGCCAUGCCUGGUCACUUUAAUGUAACCUCUUGUAAUGCUUUGAAUGUAACGCCAUUAGUUGGUGACGCUAGAGUGUAACGCCAUGCAGGUUACACUAGGAAGUAACGUCAUGCUUAGCUAUUAAAAUGUAUCAUGUAAUGUCACGCUACGCUACGAAGUAACAUCAUGUUUGGUCAUACUUGGAUGUAACACCAUGUUUGGUCAUGCUAGAAUGUAACGCCAUGUUUGGUCAUGCUAGGAUGUAACGCCAUGUUUGGUCAUGCUAGGAUGUAACACCAUCUUUGGUCAUACUUUGAUGUAACGCCAUGUUUGGUCAUACUUGGAUGUAACGUCAUGUUUAUUCAUGCUAGGAUGUAACGCCAUGUUUGGUCAUAAUUGGAUGUAACGCCAUGUUUGGUCAUGCUAGGAUGUAACGUCAUGUUUGGUCAUACUUGGAUGUAACGCCAUGUUUGGUCAUGCUAGGAUGUAACGCCAUGUUUGGUCAUACUUGGAUGUAACGCCAUGUUUGUUCAUGCUAGGUUGUAACGCCAUGUUUGGUCAUACUUUGAUGUAACGCCAUGUUUGGUCAUACUUGGAUGUAACGUCAUGUUUAUUCAUGCUAGGAUGUAACGCCAUGUUUGGUCAUAAUUGGAUGUAACGCCAUGUUUGGUCAUGCUAGGAUGUAACGUCAUGUUUGGUCAUACUUGGAUGUAACGCCAUGUUUGGUCAUGCUAGGAUGUAACGCCAUGUUUGGUCAUACUUGGAUGUAACGCCAUGUUUGUUCAUGCUAGGUUGUAACGCCAUGUUUGGUCAUACUUGGAUGUAACGCCAUGUUUGGUCAUACUUUGAUGUAACGCCAUGUUUGGUCAUACUUGGAUGUAACGUCAUGUUUAUUCAUGCUAGGAUGUAACGCCAUGUUUGGUCAUAAUUGGAUGUAACGCCAUGUUUGGUCAUGCUAGGAUGUAACGUCAUGUUUGGUCAUACUUGGAUGUAACGCCAGGUUUGGUCAUGCUAGGAUGUAACGCCAUGUUUGGUCAUACUUGGAUGUAACGCCAUGUUUGUUCAUGCUAGGUUGUAACGCCAUGUUUGGUCAUACUUGGAUGUAACGCCAUGUUUGGUCAUACUCGGAUGUAACGCCAUGUUUGGUCAUACUUGGAUGUAACGCCAUGUCUUGUCAUACUUGGAUGUAACGUCAUGUUUGGUCAUACUUGGAUGUAACGCCAUGUUUGGCCAUGCUAGGAUGUAACGCCAUGUUUGGUCAUGCUAGGAUGUAACGCCAUGUUUGGUCAUGUUAGGAUGUAACGCCAUGUUUGUUCAUGCUAGGAUGUAACGCCAUGUUUGGUCAUGCUUGGAUGUAACGUCAUGUUUGGUCAUACUUGGAUGUAACGCCAUGUUUGGUCAUGCUAGGAUGUAACGCCAUGUUUGUUCAUGCUAGGAUGUAACGCCAUGUUUGUUCAUGCUAGGAUGUAACGCCAUGUUUGGUCAUGUUAGGAUGUAACGCCAUGUUUGUUCAUGCUAGGAUGUAACGCCAUGUUUGGUCAUGCUUGGAUGUAACGUCAUGUUUGGUCAUGCUAGGAUGUAACGUCAUGUCUGGUCAUGCUAGGAUGUAACACCAUGUUUGGUCAUGCUAGGAUGUAACGUCAUUUUCGGUCAUGCUAGGAUGUAACGCUAAGAUGUAUUUGUCAAUUGAUAUAAUUUAUCCGACGAGUGUAUACUAGGCCAGGCUCAGACGUAACGCCAUCUUACGAUAAACAGGGGAGUAACACAAUCCUAGCGUCCAGCUUGGCUGUAACUCUAGAAUAGGCCGUACUGGGAUAUGUAAAACCCAGCAACAACAGUAAAUAAAAAUCAAUAUGUGCGUGCCAUCUAGAUCACUGCAUUCAAUGAGCAUGUAACGCUACGGAAUAAUAUAACACAAUUAAAAGAAGUAACAUCA